GUUUUCAUCGUCUAGUAUUCGUCUGAAGAUUAAUUAAUCUUAGUGGUUAACAAAUUUCAACGGUUUAUGCUUUUAAUCUUAUAAAACUUCAGAGCUACUCAAACACGUUAUUAGCAUAACCCCUUAAGACUUGAGUUUUAUUAUGUUUUGACCAUUCAAUCGACUCGAACGAGAUUUUCUUUUCACAAGCAGAAAGUAAUUUAUGGUUUUAGCCUUGUUAUAUAUACCAACAACACAGCUACAGUGUUUAGAUGCUCGAAUAAUCAACUGACAGCCAGAAGCAAAACAAAAUACGAUCAAAGAGAUAUUUUUUGAAUAUGGAUUUCAGAAGACACACAUUUAUUACCAAGUUUACAACUAUCGAUUAUUAGACGGCGAUGCAGCUUGUGUAAACUAUAAUCUCUAUAUAUUCGCUUAAGCCCCACCCGUUAAAAAUCGAUAAUUAUCAGAUUCAGACCUAGGGUUUCGAUGUACAUAAUUAUGACUUUUACAGCUCUCGUUUUCGAAAGAUGCUGGAAUUGUCAUCUGGCGGAUUACUUUUACUGUUUCUCAUAAACUUCAAAGCGAUUCUGAGUGACCUUUGGCAUCAUCCUUGGUGCCAAAUUUGUAAUCAAAUUUAACUUCGUUUUCUCGAUGAUUCAACAAACUUCGAUAUUAAUAUUACUUAUUUAAAAACAGUAUAUUUCAAUUCUGAAUUAACCGGAAUUUCCGCGAAGCCAAAAAUGGCCAACUUACUGCGAAAUUUUCUUGACACUGGGUUCCCAUUUCUCAUUCUCACCAUCAACGUUUUCGACAUUCCAGUAGCUUUUGGCAUCUCAGUUGGAAAUGUCACGAGUUUUUCAGUGUCCAAAAUGUCAUAUGUGCGAGAAAACGACAGUAUGCCGCUUGACGACGUUCUGACGACGUGGACCUCAAAUAAGGACACGCCCAUCCGUCGACUGACACAAAGACCUUCUCUGGCUCUAUGACCCCAAUGUGCGGCCAGUGCUCAACUUCACGGAGGCACUCAAACCUCACUCACUACUUCCUACUCCAACAGGUAAUUUAUUUGGAUUCGAAAGAGCAGAAACUAAAAGCCUUCUUCUUCGAAGUGUGGAUUUGGAAGGACGAAUACUUAACGUGGGACCCCGAUGACUUCGGAAACAUCAGUAAAAUAACACUGAUGCGUGAAAACUUAUGGCUUCCUGACAUUGUUGUGUUCAACCAAGUUGGCGAGAACUCGAAUUAUUACAUGCGUGAAAACAUUAUUCCCGCGACUGUCAAAAGCACGGGCGAAAUAAGACUGGACACGCCUCAAAAGUACGAGACGACUUGUUUGAUUGAGAUCGAGAACUUCCCAUUCGACGUGCAAACGUGUGUCAUAGUUGUCGGCUCGUGGAGUCAGUCGGCGGCUACAAUUCUUAUGAAGAAUUUGUCGACAAACAUGGACAGCACUUCGUAUAUAGACAAUUCGGAGUGGGAAUUAAUGAGUACGAGUUGUGUGUCUAAAAUACUCCAGUACGAAGGUUCCGACCAACAGUACUCGGAGAUCCAUUACACUAUUGUGCUAAAGCGACGACUUGCCUUCUACAAUCGGAACCUGAUCAUCCCUAUGAUUCUUAUCAGCUUUAUGGCUCAGUUAGUAUUUCUUCUGCCGCCGGAGAGUGGUGAGAAAAUUUCCCUGGCAAUCACUGUGUUCCUGGCACUCUCCCUCAACAUGCUGGUCAUCUCAGAAUACAUCCCCGCCAACUCGCUCCAGACGCCCAUAGCCAGCAAAUACUGUCUCUUCUCCAUGUUUCUAGUCUGUCUCUCCCUCUGGCUUUCUGUGCUUGUGCUCAACUUACAGGGAUCCGAAAGUGCCUCAUAUCUAUAUGCUAACAAACCUUCCCGGAGAGUAAUGCGAAUCAUUCGCUUCAUCGGACCCUGGCUCUUAGUCGGCGGAGGGCCAAAACAGAGAGCGCACAACUUCCAUCUUCGUUACCCACGCAACGCUCGGAACAAUCCUCCGAGCUCGUGUAUCAACAACAAGUACUCUGACUAUCAGGAUAUCUCGCAAGUGUUCAUUCCCAAAAACGUGAACAAGAGUUUUGAGAGUCACACAGGCGAACAUGUGUGUAAUCACGUGAUCAGAGACGAUGACCCGAUAAUUGAAUUGAAUCACGUGCAUUGCUCCAGAAACCGAGUUGGUUCUCGGCUUGCCAGCAGUAAUUUCACGCAAAACUGCAUCACUAACUGCAAUAAUGUUACAAACAACAACCACACACACCAUCGAAACACAGUAUAUUACAACGUGAUUGAUAGUGAACAUGAAUCCAGCUCGAUUCCCGGUCCGGUUACAUGUUCGAAUCCCGGACCGAUCCCGGGUCCAAACUCCAAAUGCGAAGCCAUGCCGAAACACUCGCCAAAUCACCGCCCCGCCCUGAACUGUGCUUCCAACAGCACUUGUACCUGCAAUUAUCAGAAUAAUCACCACCAACAACAUCAUUUGCUCCCGGAAUCUGCUUCCACUUUUGAGAACAUUCUAGAUUCGUUUGUGACGCGCCUGGAAAUGAUUCACACUUCACCAUUGGAUAAAAGUGAAAUAUCUGAAAACACGAAAGAAAUGUUGGAGCAAUGGGGCUAUUUAGCCCGCGUUGUUGACAGGUUUUUUGCAGUUGUUUACUUUGUAGUCAAUGUCAUCUGUUUAUUGCCAUUCAUACCUUAUUAUGCAGGUUGGGAUGAAAACUUUUGAUGAUUUCGUACCACUGAAUUACUUUAGUGUAGUU